GCUAGGGUGUGUCUCUUUGGCCUCCUAGAAGGUGGGGAUCUGUGGUGCUCCUUCGGGAACAGCCUCCUGCAGGAAGACCCUCGCUGGACCUUUACCUCGCUGCCUAGAUUCCGAGGAAAAGGAGAUAGGAGACGAAAAGCCAGUUGGUUUGGGAAGCGGCUGAUUAUCCUAAAGGGUAGUGUGGGAGUCCAGCACUUCCAUGCACCUCUUUGGGUACUACGGAAGGGAGAUUUCCAGCAUCGUGUGGAACAUAUGACCAGGGAGUACACCUUGAGCGCUUGUGUACAGUUAUCUUUUGGCGCUAAACGGCCCAUUUAUGCAGUUCCAGGGUGUUCCCCUCUAGGCUAUCAAUGGAAUAGCGCCGUGCCAGGCACUUUAGAUGUUGCCCUGCAAACUAAAAGCACAUUUGGGGGGUGCAUCUUCUCGCAUCAUUUCUAAACAGUAUGAGUUGGGAUCCAGCAACCCUGGGAAAUCUCAUUAUAGUGAAACCCAUCUUAUUUGAGGAUUGAAUGGUUUUGGCCCAAGCAUAGUGGUUGAAAAACAAGCCAUUAUAGAAAGAAAACAAUUUGUUUGUGAAUGGUUAGAUAUGGUGGGUCUUCAGAGGCUUAUCUAAUGAAGGGAUCUUCUACACAUUUCUGACCAAAUUCUCUUUCUACAUUUAUAGCGAUAACAUUUUGGAGAGAGAGGAAAAAAAUGUCAUUUCGAUUAUUCUGAACAAUCUGUAUUUACUAGUUGAAAUAGCAUUGGCAAAUUGAACUUUGUACUAACAUGGAAAAUUGUAGAAUGAUCCUGGGUAGUAAUAAUACACAUAUUUUUAAAAUUCUAUGUUUACUUAUAACCCUACAUUUUAACUGGAUUCUUUCUAUUAAUAGAAGUUUUAAAGAAUUAUUUUCUUACCCUCUUUUUUUUUCAUAAAGGAAUUCUGCCUGGAUUCAGUAGAGCAUUGGUACAGAAUGAUUUUCAUUAAGAUGUAAUCUAAAUUCUUAUUAUUUUUCAACAAUUCAAACAUAUUCAAAACCUUUUCAAUUCUCACUUAAACCAAGGAUUAUGAAAAACAGCACUUAUUAUUCAUUAAAAUGCAAAAGCCCCCACUACUUCUUCGAAGACCCUUACCUCCAAAAUUCACUAAGCUGUCUUUACAUGAGAAAAAAACCCAUACAGCCAAAACUGGUAAAACUGAGUCACUACAUGUAGCAUUCACUGAAGAUGAAACCACUUCCAUUAAAACGGAUAAAAUUCGUUUUCCUGAUGUUUUCAGAAAUCAAUCACUAACACCUAUCAAUAUCCAAAAUAUCUUUCUUGAUCACUGUGUACAAGAAAGAGUGACUGCAAUUUCAUCACCCCAGAAAUCUACUAAGCAUGUCUAUGAGCAGAUUCCAGAUUCUGCUACUGGUUCCAUAUUUUUCCCACGUUGUCAUUCAGCUUCUACUCGAAUUUUUGGGAAACAAACAAACAAAAUGGAAAGUUCAAGAAAGUUGAAAACUGUGAAAGAUGUUUAUACUGAAAAAAGCCUAGAAAACGUUUUAAUUCUUUCUUCCAAGUUUUCCAAACCUGAAAGUACUCCUGGCUCAGUUAUCACUCACAAACUUGAGAAAGUGCACCCUAAGCAUCAACCUUUACCAGAGAGUCCAGGCUAUGCUUAUCAGCAUAUCUCGAGAGACUUAAGUGCAACAGUGCCAAGCCCUCCACCUACGACUGUAUCUAUGAAACCAGAAGGAAAGUGGCCUGAACAUUUUAAACCAACUGCUACAUUGACACUAAGAGUUACUCAAUUUCCAGGUUUUGUUUCCUUGCCAACACCAGUUUUACCAAGAAAACCUCACAGGCAGUCUGUGAUAGAAACUCUUGUAACAGAAAAUGAAAGUGUAGAAAUUGUCCCAAAGCAAAUCCCACCAAAACCACCUGAAGGUCUCACCAAAACUGAAAAAAUAGAAUCAGAGAUACAUGUUGUACGUGGUGAAGGUUUUAAGACUGUUGCAGCAACACAAUAUGAAACAAUAACAGCCAUGACCAACCUGGCCAUAGUAAACUGUCAAGUAUAUGGAAGAAAUGCACUUAAUCUGAAGGGCUUUUUUAUCUUAAAUUGUCCAGACUUAACACCUUUGGCUUUCCAACUGAUAUAUCUUAAUUUAUCAUUUAAUGAUCUUCAUUACUUUCCCACAGAAAUAUUAUGUCUUAAAAAUUUACAAAUACUGAAAUUGAGAAAUAAUCCUAUCAAAGAAAUUCCUUCUGAAAUUCAACAACUUGAGUUCCUUAGGAUUUUCAACAUUGCUUUUAAUUUAAUUACUGUUCUUCCAAUUGGGUUAUUUUCCUUGUCUUAUCUUGAAGAACUUGAUGUUUCCUAUAAUGAACUUACUUUUAUUCCAAAUGAAAUUCAGAAACUCAGAUCACUUGAAAAACUGACUGUCGAUGGGAAUGAACUGAAUUUUUUCCCACAUGGAAUUUUGAAACUUAACCUGACAAAAAUUCAGUUUGAGAAUAAUUUCACUCAUCCUUGUUUUUGGAGAGAUAAUUCUUUGAAUAAUCCACAACAACUUACUCAAAUUAUUUCUUUGUUCAUUGUCCAAAAUAAACUACAUAAAUUUUAUGAUAAGAUCCCAGUAGAAGUCCAGAAGUUACUAAAAUGCACAUCCAGGUGUGAAUGGUGUCACGGUCCGAAGUUUGGUGAAGGUUUUCGUGUCAUCCGAUCCUGUGAUAUUUUUGGAGCAUCACAGCUUCCAGUUAUGUUUUAUGUCUGUUCUCCUUCUUGUUAUAGAAGAAUAAAGGAAAGCAGUUUUGUUUUAGGUGGUAGUCCUAGUAGAAGAAUAGCUCUAGAUGUGGAGUUGUCAAAAGAAUUAUAGUA